ACACGCGCGGCUCGUGCCGCGGGCGCGGUAGAGUCGGUGGUUUUAAACGGCGGUCGUUGGAUCGAUUUUUCCUCUGCCACCUGUGUACUGUCGCACACUCGACCGCACACAUACACACAGGGGGGUAAAAGCUGAGCUAAUGGCAAGGUGAAGCCGAGCUCGCAGUACGCCGCGUAAUUCGGUGGCAAGGAGCUGGGCGCCGUCGGGAACGCUCGCUUCCGCUUGCGCUCACGCACGAUGAAAAAUAAAUGAUCGCGUGGACCACGUAUGCACCACCGCGGCCACGUUAUUUACGCGUUCGCGUUUGCACGUGCGAUUUCUAAAGCGGACGUUCCCGCAUUUUUUUCGCGGGCAGUGUAAUUUUAUCGCAGUUACCUCGGCGCUGUCUCAUUCCUAUUCGUAUUACGAUUAAUCGGAUUCCCGUGCGGUUUCGUUCGGAUUGUAACGCAGGUACCUUACCACCUGUUCGUCGGAGGGGAAAACCGCUACAUAUUCGUGACGUCAAUCGAAUGACUAUUCGAAGAAAAGCGACGACCGUUCGCGCAUGUAUAGGAAGCGUAGAGCGAAAUUCAGUAGGCGUUGAGAAACCUUCCCUCUCCAGCGCGAAGGCUUUCCGAGGCGGAUCGUUGAUACGACAAAUUACAGAACAAAGUUUUACUCAUGAACAAUGAGACUGAAACACCGAUCGGGCAACUUUGACUCUUUAAUCGCUUUCGUAUCGACGUGAGAGCGCCGGGGGCGAACUCGCGGAUGCGUUCGCGGAAGAAAAUCUAUUGUCGGAAGGAAUACGAUAAAAUGCUUGUGCCGCGAAGCGAGCAGCUAGCGAAGAACUUUCGUACCCGCGACUUGUGAGGAUCACGUUAAAAUCGCCAUGAAGUGGAAGAGAGGACCGUGCGAGUUUCUGUCGCAGAAAACGUUUCUCAUAAUAAAGGAUGACUUGGAUAUUUCGAAAGCAGGGACGACCAGGGCGGCAAACGGCAAGAAGGCAGCGGCGAAAAAUGCGGCGCACACCGGCACCUGGCCGCCAAAGAUGAAGCGCGUGCAGGCGUUCUGCGGGGAGGAGCCGGAGAGGCCGAAGACGGCGAAUCUCGCGAGGCCGAGCGUGCUGGACCCCGCGCUCGUGGACAAGCUCGACAUGUCGUUGCUCAGUAAGGAAUUGCUGUGCAACUCGAUGACGCGCUACCAUCAGUUGACCGGCAAGACGAUCGGUGGGGGCAUGACAUCGUCGUCGUCGUCGUCGUCGUCGCUGUCAUUGCUGUUGCCGUCGCCGCCGUCGGCGACACGACGACGCCAGAGCGCCGCCGUCAGCGUCGCGACGACGACCACCACCUGGUCGUCUCACGACGACGCCCCAGUGCGUCGUAAGCGACGGAGCUUCGAGCAGAUUCACGAGCCGCGGGCCGCAGCGGGCCACAUGGAGGAGCUCAACGGAUCGCGAUCGCCCGCCGUCGCCGCGAUGCAGGAGCACACGUCCGUCAAACGGAACCCCGACGUCAGGAGGCUCGACGAUAACAAUAAUAAAAACAGUCCUCCCAAGGUGCUGUCGACGGUGAAGAAGAAGAACUCGAGGUCCGGUUUAUCGAAUGACCUGGAAAUAUUCACCGCCACGUCGGCGAAAAGCGCCCCGGAGCCAUGCAAGACCUGCGGACGCCCGGAUCAGCCGGAGAGAUUCCACAGUCAUCCGAAGGGCAGUCGGACCAAAAUAAAGGACAUCCCGGCGUCGACGACGACGAAACCGAAGCCCGCGGUGCCGCCGGUACCAAAGUCCAUCCAGAAGCCGGUGGCAAUGAACUUCCGCAGCGACCGGAACAAGAAACUGGACGAGAGCGAGACGAAGUCGAGUCAGGAUCGUCCCUCGCGGAACGCGGAGGACAGGUCGUCGUCUGCGCCGACGAGACGGGGCCCCAAGACCGUCACGUGCUACGUAUGCGCCCGGGAAUUCGGCAACGCCAGCUUCCCCAUACACGAGCCCAAAUGCAUGGAGAAAUGGGAGCGCGAGAAUAAUUUGCUGCCUCCGUCUCAAAGACGGCCCAGGCCGCAAAGACCCGCGGUUGGUAUCGAGCACAACGAGUGGAACGAAGCCGCAUGGGAGCAGAGUCAGGAGCAAUUAAUCCCGUGUGCGAAGUGUGGGAGAACGUUUUUGCCAGAACGAUUGCCGGUCCACGAGAGAAGCUGCAAAGCCACGCCGAAGAGUACGAUCGAACGACUGUCCACGGCGACGAUCGCACGUAAUGCGCCGAAUACCGUCCCAUGUCGUAUCUGCGGCCGAAAAUUCGGUAGCAGAAGCAUCGUGAUUCACGAGCCUCAGUGCAACAGGCGAUGGCAAGCGCAGACUCAGCAGGAAGAUCAAGCCCUCUACAGGCAGAAUUCGGUCGAUGGACAAAGGAAUUCGUCGUUGACGUAUCCGGAUUUGUCGCAAAAGAAAACAGUUACAUGUUACAUUUGCGGCCGGGAUUUCGGAUCGUCCAGUAUCGUCAUUCACGAGCCCCAGUGCUUGAAGAAGUGGCAUGCCGAGAAUGACAAGCUGUCGCCGGCUCGGAGAAGAAAGGCGCCACAAAAACCUGAAAUCGUAUACAUACGUACGAUACAGUCGGCACUGACGGCUUCACUGUUCGCAGAGGAUCCUAACACGGGUGGCAUGGUGGUCGACCAGACGGCGACGACGGAGGCCAACUGGAUGACGCAUCUGAGCCAGCUGGUGCCCUGCAAGCGCUGCGGGAGGACCUUCAAUCCCGAACGCGUCAACGUUCACGAGAAAAGCUGCAAAGGGAGCCGUUGAUUAUUAUUCUGUCGGCAGAAUAUAUUGUACUAAUUGAGUGUCGCUUGUACCUUCUAGAAGUGUGCCGUUUGUGUUUUUAUAUGGACAUCGAAUAAUAUCGACUCUGUAACAUAGCUCGUAUGCGGCGUUCGGAAUUUUUUACUUCGCUUCUACCUAGCUUAACGUUUAUUGAUUACCGAUGUGUAAUUCGCGAUUGGCUUAAUCCUCUGUUUUUCGAGCAGGCGCUCGGAUUGUUAACGUAACAAACUCGACGCACCGCACCCGACGCGCAUCUUGCGUGAACGCACGAAUGCUGUUAGACAUUACGGAUCAGUGCAUAAUUACAACGCAAUUUCAGUUUAAUUAAUUACGCAAAUCAAUUGUCAGCUUAUUGUAUACAGGGCGUCCCAAUUUCAUGUCCCACCACGAAUAACUUAAUUUCGCAGAAAGAAACGUUUCAGACGAAGGUUGUUUGGUUCGAAGGGGGACAUAAGAUGGUGCCAUUAGUUUGACCUUGACGAGUUGCUUGAAGGUC